UACACAUCUACACAUUCAGAGUACUCUGUAUUACCAGACACCUGAAUCAUCCUAACUAGAUCCGCAUACUUCACAAAGACCUUUGGGUUUCUUUGUUACCUCGGACUCAAAACAAACACUUCACCCCAAAUUCACCUGGUAGCAAACAGCUACCCUCCCAACGACACCAUGUCCUCUCCUCCAUAUAACAACACACCUUUAUGGCAACUACCAGUCGACGACAGCAUCCCACGCAACAUCUACUCAUACAGUCACGGCCAGGGCCCCUUGGGCUUGGUAGACAACUCCCACUUCAGCACCGGCCGAACAUCCAGACAUCCAAACGCCAUCCAACCCGACCCCCCCAUCUCCCUCCCCGGCAUCACCCUCCUCUCCACCCCCAAAUCCACCAACAUGUUCUCCUCCCUGAAAGCCUCUCUCCGCCGCAAGAAGAGCAAUCUCUCCACCUCCUCCCGCAACUCCUGGAACUCCGCCGACGAGGGCGAAGCCUCCCGCGCACCCCCCUCCCCAGUCUCCCCAAUCUCCCCCGUCGAGCUCCCAGCAACACAAUCUACCCUCCAACCCCCAGAGCGCUCUGAACUCCUCAACCCCAGCCCUCCAACCCGCCGUCCCGUUCGCGCAGGAUUCAACGCCUUCACCGUCCCCUCCAACGAGCCACCACCAGCUUACACACCCUCUCCCACCGCGGAAUCCGGCCCCGUCCUCGGCCCAUCUCCCGCCUACACACCUCCCGCCUCUAUCACCACCACCAGCGCCGGGCCAGAAGAUCCCUACUCCUUCCUCACGACCUUCGACACCGUCCUCCUCAUCGACGACUCCGGCUCCAUGGCCGGGCGCUCCUGGCGCGAAACCUCCCAAGCCCUCGCUGCUCUCCUCCCCACCAUCGUCGCACACGACACAAACGGGAUAGACCUCUACUUCCUGAACCACAAGUCCUCUGACCCCGGCGUGCCGACUGAGGGCAUCGCGGGCGGGGGAUACAGGAACAUCACCACAGCCGAGCGCAUCACCUCCAUCUUCGCCGCCGUCCGACCCGGUGGCGGAACACCAACCGGCACGCGUCUAAGCGCGAUUCUCAAGCCCUACCUCGGGCAUCUCAUCGCCCAGCACGGCGUCAGCGCUCUAAACACCGACGCCAUGGACGCGGUGAAGCCGCUCAACAUCCUGACCAUCACCGAUGGCGUGCCCAGUGAUGACGUCGAGAGCGUCUUGUUGGUGGCGGCCAAGAAGCUGGAUCAGCUCGAAGCGGCACCCCAUCAGAUAGGCGUGCAGUUCUUCCAGGUUGGGAAUGAGGAGGGUGCGAAGGAGGCACUGAGUGAGCUCGAUGAUGGGAUUCAGGGGUUGGUGAGAGGGGGGGUGAGGGAUAUGGUGGAUACGUGUACGUGGAUGGGGGGGCCGGCGGAGGAGGGGGAGGCGCCGAGGUUGACGGGGGAGGGGAUGUUGAAGGUUUGCUUGGGGAGUGUGGUGAAGAGGUUGGAUCGGAGGAGGUGUAGUCAGGAGCAGAGGAGAUAGAUGGGGUUUCAUUUGUUUUUUUUGGGAGGCGUUUGGGGGGUACGGGGGGGUGGCGUUUUACGGCGGGGAUUUGAUGGGAGAGAUACCAUUAUUAUAGACUUUUUAACUUAUAAUCUUUAUUUUGCUUCGGCACCAAAGAAUAGAGAAAACACCGCAUUGUUUCCAACCAUACAAAUACUCAAACCCGCGCAUCCUUCCAUUACCGCGCUAAAACAUACACCCAUCAAACCCCUUAACUUUAACAACUCCCCUUCCUCGCCCUACACCUCACAAUCUCCUCCCCAACACACGAAAAUACCUCAUCCCACCCCUCCCAAACCUGACACCCCUUCAGGUCCGCAAACCGCCUCAACACCACACUCUGCAGACUCCUCAUCCCCGCCCCGCUCCCACCAUUCUCGUACUCCCUCAGCCCCUCCACACCUUCAUCCAGGGUCUCCUUCACCCAUUUCCUCUCCGCUUCGGAUCCACGCACACUGCACCACAGAAAGUACGGCCCGUGAGCCAGAGCCAGCUCGCGGUAUAUACAUUGUCGCUCCACGAGGCUGCUAUCACUGCUCUCUGGCGCGCCUGACGUCGCGGAGGCGGCGUGACCGUUGUGCUCACACCCGCCCGCGCCCCAGGUGGAGCGCUCGCCGUACUCGAAAACCGUGCUUGCAACCCAGACGAGGGCCAAGGCGCUCGCAAGAGCAAGCGCAUCUUGUUGCGCCAACCAAGCCUCUUGACCGCGUCUGCCGAGGUCAUCGCCAUUCACGCUCUUCUCGUCGCUGGAAAUAGGAGUAUGUGCAGUAACCCUCGCAUCCGAGAGUUUGAGGAGGGUAUUCAGACCAUGGCUUUUAAACGCUGUGAUCCCCCCAUGGUGACAGUUGGCGCAUAGCCGAGUGGACGUCUCGAAGAGAGAGAGGAGGCGCGGCGGGG